GUUUGCCGCGGGGGGAAGAUGGCGGCGCCGGUCGGUGAGGGGUCCCGCGCCUCGGAGCCCGGCGCCGCUCCCUACGGCAACUUCCCCAACUAUUCGCGCUUCCACCCGCCCGAGGGACGAGUCGGCCUCCUGCCUGCCGGGCUCUUACGGAGCCUGUUCCCCGCAGCGACCCGCCCGCUGCUGGGGCUCGAUGUGGGGUGCAACUCGGGGGAGCUGAGUGUGGCUCUGUACAGGCACCUCCUCGGCCUUCAGCAGAGCACAGACAGCCUGGCCCAGCCUGCAGCUGGAAAGGAUCUGCACCUUCUGUGCUGUGACAUUGACCCAGAGUUGAUUGAGAGGGCUCAGCAGUGCAGCCCCUUUCCUACCUCCAUGUCCUUUGCCAAGUUGGACAUCAUGGACCGCGGCGCCCGGGAGCGGCUCCUCGGCUCCUACCUGGCCCGUUUCGGCCGCUCCAGCUUUGACAUCGUUUUCUGCAUGUCUGUGACCAUGUGGAUCCACCUGAAUCAUGGGGACAGAGGCCUGCUGGAGUUCCUGUCCCUGCUGGCCUCUCUGUGCAGGUACCUGCUGAUCGAGCCUCAGCCGUGGAAGUGCUACCGGGCGGCCGCGCGCCGCCUGCGCAGGCUGGGCAGGAACGACUUCGAUCACUUCCGAUCUCUGGAGAUCAACGGGGACAUGGCAGAGAGGAUAACCCAGAUCCUGAGCAGGGACUGUGCCAUGGAGCUGGUGUGCUGCUUUGGGAGCACCAGCUGGGAUAGGAGCCUCUUGCUGUUUAAGUUGAGUGGCUCGGGACACGAGGACAGGGCGUCGUCAGGACAGGAGCAGUGACUGACAAACCACCCCCUGCAUGGGAAAUGAGUGACCUUCUCAACCCCCAGUCACCUCUGAGAGCUGCUGAGUGACAGAGCCUGAGAGUGGGGAUCAAUGGCACAGGAUCGAGUUGGAGGCCUGUGGCCAGUGGGAUUCCACAGGGAUGGGUUCUGGGGCCAGUCUGGUUCAACAUCUUCAUCAAGGACCUGGACAGAGGGACCCUCAGCAAGUUCCCUGCUGGAACCAAACUGGGAGCACUGGCUGAUUCACCAGAGGCUGUGCUGCCAGUCAGAGGGAUCUCAACCAGCUGGAGAGUUGGGCACAGAGGAACCUGCUGAGGUUCAACAAGGACAAGGGCAGAGUCCUGCAGCAGGUUGAGGAGGUUCUGCUCCCCCUCUGCUCUGCCCUGGGGAGGCCUCAGAUGGAGUCCUGUAUCUGGUUCUGGGCUCUCCAGCUCCAGAGGGACAGGGAGAGAGGCCAGUGCAGGGCUACCAAGAUGCUCAGGGCACUGGCACAUCAUCCAUAUGAGGAAAGGCUGCAGGCCCUGGGGCUGUUUAGUCUGGAGGAGACUGAGGAGGUAUCUCCCUAAUAUCUGUAAGUUUCUCAAUGGUGGGUGUCAGGGGGUUGGGGCAGCACUUUUUUCUAUGACAUCUAACAACAGGACAAGGGGUGAUGGGAUGAAGCUGGAACACAGAAAGUUCCAUUUAAACAUAAGGAAAGACUUUCAGUGUUUGAGUGAGGGAGCCCUGGCCCAGGCUGCCCAGGGAGGGUGUGGAGGCUCCUUCCUUGGAGCUCUUCAAGACCCUCCUGGACACGUUCCUGUAUGACCUGAUCUAGGUGGGAGCUGCUUCUGCAGGGGGGUUGGGCUGGAUGAGCUUUAAAGGUCACUUCUAACCCCACCCUUCCAUGAUUCUUUGAUUUCCUAGGAGAGGAGGUGCUUGCUGUUUACAGAGGCAGAUCUAGGAAUUCCUAAAUCCCAAGUGAGAGCAGACUUUGACCUCCCCAGGCAGUUUCAGGCAAGUAAUGUCUCUGUGAGUUUAUCUUUUCCCUAUUUUCCAUCUGUAGAUUGCAGUGGCAGUUUUAACCUGCCUCUAGGUUCUGAGGUUGCUGUUCCUAGAAAGUGCUCUUGAGAUCAAAGUUGCUACAUAUGUGCCUUCUGUAUGUACCAAGGGUAUUCCCUGCAAGAAGAGAGAACAUGUCCUUUUCUUUGCCCCUGGAGCUUUGCAUUUAAAGAGGCAGCUUCUGCUGACCUGUGUGAUGCACUGCUCUGAUUGUUGUCAUCUUUUCAGGACAAAAUACUCUUAGAAAACACAUCACCUGGUUUUACCUGGUUGUGAACAAGUGAGUUGGGUCAUUGCAGAGGGUUUCUGGUUGAGAGGUUUCACAGAGAAGUGGUAGAUGCACCAUCACUGGAAACAAAGUCAGCUUGGAUGGGGCUCUGAGCAACCUCAUCCAAUUGAAGAUGUCCCUGCUUAUGGCUGGAGGGACUUAAAGGACCAUGAAAUGUCCUUCCCAAACCAUUCUGGGAUGCUGUGACACUGGUCAGGCUCUGAUCAAUGCAGCUUUGCAGAUGGGGCUUGCCUGGACUGUGCAGUAGUGUGAGCUUGCUGUGUGUGAGGGGUUUCUCUGGGAGGCUGUUCAAGUGUGUAACAGUGUUCUGUAACAACAU